AUGUGUCGUUGUUUUCUCCUCGUUUCCAGGGACGGGGUCUGGAUUUUAUUGACUGGCUGGCACGCCCUCGAUUUUCAGGAUUUGGAUGGAGGAGCAUUGCAUUAUCUCUCUGACUUACUUUUGCACCAAUGCGGCUAUCUCGAUAUACUAUGCACAUACCUGAUUGAUGCUACUUGUUCGUGUAUACUUACUUACUCCCUUCGAACUUGCUUCUUCCGAUUUUCUCAGGACAAGGCCUGGCUGCAUUGCCUCCAUGCUUCUACCUACCUUUUCUCUCUUAUCUGGUGUCAAACUGACAUACGCUAUGUCCGGAGAAACAAGCUAUGUAUAUAG